CGACCACCGGCCUCUCGGGGAAGCACCGAACCGGCCGCGUUGAGCCGAUGAGGUCCAGGGAUGAAUUUCACGGUGCUGCGGCCCACAGACCGGCUCGGUUCUGCAGCUGACGGUUUAUCUUGGUCCAAUGGCCGCCCAGCGGGAAGUGCACUUUGUGGACCGGCACCGGAACAGUCUGAUUGACCGGGUGACAGGGGUGGACAGCUUGCUGGACAGCUUGCACGACCAAGUGCUGAACGAGGAGCAGUAUCAGCACGUGAGGGCAGGGAACACCAACCCUGAGAAGAUGAGGAGGCUGUUCAGCUUCAGCCCGUCCUGGGACCAAGACUGCAGAGACCAGCUGCACCGGGCCCUGAGGAAGACGCAUCCCCACCUGGUGAAAGAACUGGAGAGCCUGAAAAACACAAGUGAGAGAGAGACCCCAGUGAGGGGUCUCAGGAAGGCAGUCUGGAUCCCCCAAGACCUCAGCUCAAGAUGGAAUCUCCCCCUGCUCAGCUGCGUCCUCGCCCUCCCCCUCCCCUUCCUCCUGCUCCCCCGCCUCCAGUUGCUCUCCAGGGGCUCAGAUGCAUUUCCCCAGAGACUGUCUCCCCGGUUGGCAGUUCCUCCCAUGAUCCUGUCUCUCCUGGGGAUGCUUCUGGCUAAGGGGAUCUAUUUCAUGUGGGAGCAGCACCUAGCAAAAGAGAGCCUUGCUCUGCAGCUUCAUGAAGAGAAAGAUGGACUCCAGAGAGAGCUCGAAGAACUCCAGGGAGAGAUUGGAAGACUCCAGAGAGACAUUGGUACGUCGCCCCUCUGUCCCUCGGCGCGUAUGGAGGUGGAGGAAACCACGGCUGCCUCAGCGGAACUCCGUGGCGAUACCCGUGACGGAGGCCGCACCAAGAGAGAUCUGGCAAGGAGGCUGAGUGCUGGAGAACUGGAUGCAGAACCCCGGCAGCAGGUGCCAGGAGAGUCACGGGAGGCGACCAGCCUCCAGGCCCCCCAGCCCCUGGGAUGGGACUCCACCCUGAGCACGGAGGGGGACCUCACAGCUUUCUUGGAGGAUGUGAAAUCCUGGGUGGUCACCAAUCCUGAGAAGCAGCUGAAGAAGUUGGUGGAUUUCAUGCAAAAACUGAAUGAGCGAAGGAACGAUGACAACGCCUGGAGUCGCAUCUGCCUCUCAGAUCGGGCUGUGCAGGAUUUCCUGGUGAGCAUAGCCACCGUUUGCAAGGACCUCCCUCCCCAGGAAGCCAGACUCACUCGGUCCCACCUGCGCCUCCUCCUCAACCCUCACGUCCGCUCCGUGCUAAACUUCCCCCAGGCUCCCUGGCUCCUACAGUGGGUCUGCAGCCCAGAGGAGAUGCAGCGGCCCCGGACCGACAGCUCUGAGUUUGCUGACUUUAUCCGGAUCCUAAAGGAAAUCCAGAACGGUGUCCUCAGGGUGGAUCCUGACUCUGCAUCCCCUGCACCGACGGAGGAGGCUCAGAGACGGGCCACAGCUGCGGUGGGAUCUGCACUCAGCUCUCUGCUACAGACACUCAGAGCCACAGACCAGUCAGACACGGAGCUGCUGCUCCUGUCCAUUGCAGCCGCAGCAGGCUACGUGGCAGAAAGCCGAACCUUUGGGGGCCUCCUGGGGCGGGAAGAGAUCAACUUCUUGUUACAGGAAAUGUCAAAAGCCCACGAGACUCACCUGGCCCUCAGAAGGCAGUGUGGGCCCAAGGCGCAGGCCUUCCUGCUGCUCACGGGCCUGACCGUGACUUCUGGGCCCACAGCCCUGACCCUCCAGCAGAAAGAGAAACGUCUGACUGUUAUGAGGGAGCACUUGGGAAAGUCCUUGUCCAUGGAAGUCGCAGCUGUCCUUUCCAGAGCAGGUGCCGAUUGGGAAUCUCUGGAGGCAGACCUGAAGUCCCUCAUCAUGGGAGACAGUGAAACCACAGUCCGUUCUCUGCCAAAUGACUUGGAGAGAAAAGAAAGGGAAAGCGUCUCUCAGGACAAGAAACAGAUGAAUGGCCCGACCCCCAGACCCAGAGACGAGCAGAGGGGAAGUGUUAGAGAGCGGGCAGGGAGAGACAAGCAAGACUUUCUGAGCCUGAUCCGAAGGCUGGGCCUGGACCGGUACUACCCCCGGAAGAUGGGCAGAGCGGAUUUCCACCAGAUUUACAAAGCCUCCGUGCAUGACAGUCAGCCCCGCACUGACCAGGAAUUACCAUUUUAUUUCCUGCAAAAGCUGCUGAUGCUGGACUAUCGGCUGAGGUAUCUGGUCCGCAAGGAUGAUGGGAAGACAAGGCUGACCGUGACUGAGUCCCUGAGUCCUGCAGGGAAUGGGCGGAACUCCUCAGACCUCCUUAAGGACUUUUUUAACAUCCCUGAGACACAGCUGGCUCCCCCUGGCAUCACUCAGACGCACAUCCAUCCAAUGGAUGUCCAGAUGGCGAUUUUCCACUGUGCAGACGACUUCACGCGACAGUAUAUUUCAACCAAACUUUCCAUCUGUCAACUGGCUCUUCCGUUUGUGGUGCCCAAUCCCUGUACAUCCCAAAUCGAAUUCCCUCUGUGGUCUCUGCGCCAAGUCAAGAAGAGCUGGCGACAGGUGAAGAAAUUUGAAGGAGAGAAGAAGAUGAAAAGUUAUGACUACCAACUAAUCAGUCAGGUAGCUACCCACAUCGUGUCCUUCCUGAGAGUGGGAAAUUCCUUCUCUUCAUCCAAGUCCCAGAUCCUAAACUCGCUGCUGACUAAACAGAAACACGACAUAUUUUUCCACCGUCACUGCAGGGGGAGCAGCAAAGACGUUCUCCUGAUGGGGGGCGUGGUGGAGGUCUGCUGGUACUGUCCCGGGGGGAAGGACGAUGACAAUUUUGACAACUGCAUCGCCUUUGCCAAUCUCCAUGGAGACGCCGUAGAACACAAGGCCCAGCUCAGGUUCCUGCAGGAAAUCUCUUCCGUCACCGUCGUUCUCUUGUCGGCUUCUGAGCCCAGGGAAAGGAACAGGCAAGUCGUCCGUGAGCUCCUUCAAUCGCCAAAACCUUUCAUCUGCCUGUUUGAUGACAGAGAGAAGAUCGUGGGUGGUAACUGCGGCCUCCAAGUGAGAAUUGGGAUCAAGAACCGAAACGAAGCGGAGUUGAUGGAGGAGCUGAGAGCCACGAUCACGCACCUCCUGGAGGUUCAGGGAACAGCCCUCAGUGCCGUUGGCUGUGCCAAGAUUGCCCGCCGGCACGGGUUCCUCAUAGAUGAGGACCGCAAGGAAUGCAAGGAGGCUGAAACGCUGGCCCGGGCAUUGGUGUCUCUCUUGAGAAAACACAAGUUGUCAGCGAUAAAGGAAAAGUUCCUGCCCCUCCAAGGAGAAUUAUGGCACCGGUGGUGUAAGAAGGACAGGGAACUCAGCCAUCUGCGUGGGAAAGGGAACCAAAGCAUCGAGCAGCACAGGAGUGAGAUUGAGGCACAGAAGCAGGAAAUUCGGAUUGCUCAGUGGCAGAAAGCUUUCCCCCUCAAUGCUCCGAUGAGAUCUAUGGUUGAUGUUCUCCAGUCCCGAUCAGAGGCAAGCGCCAAACUCUACUUUCUGCAGUGGCUAAGUGUCUUUCUGGACAACAUGACUGCAGGUCAGCUGGAAGUCCUUCAACAGAAGUAUGAUAUUUUGUGCUCACACGUGCUGACCUUAAAGGUAAAGAUGAAGAAUGACACAGAGAAACACACACAGACUGUCCUGGAAGCUGUUUCUAAGGAGAUAAGUGACUCUACCAUUGGGAUUGACCAUUUACUGAGAGAAGUGGGGCAGAUCUACGAAGGUCUUGAUGGAGGUUCACCCCAGAAAAACGCAAUGCUUCUCUCUCUUCCCCAGAUGGCCGCAGACCUGAUGGUUGCGGGGUAUCCCAUGGAACUCGUGGAUGGGGAUGCUUCCUACGUGCCCCUGAAAUGGGUGGGGGCUGUUUUGGACAGGUUAACUGAGAUCCUGGGAGACCAGAGGCUGUUUGUGCUUUCCGUCCUGGGUCUCCAGAGCAGCGGGAAGUCCACGCUGCUGAACGCCAUGUUCGGUCUGCAGUUCUCUGUCAGUGCGGGGAGAUGCAGCCGGGGAGCCUAUAUGUAUCUCCUCAAGGUGGAGGAGAAGGUAAGGGAAGACCUGGGCUUCGACUUUGUGCUCGUCGUGGACAACCAGGGCCUCCAGGCCCCAGAACUCGCCAAUACAUCACUGAAUCGGGACAACGAGCUGGCGACCUUCGUCAUCGGCCUCGCUAACCUGACCGUGAUCAACAUUUUUGGCGAGAGUCCUUCUGAAAUGCAGGACAUCCUGCAGAUCGCGGUCCAGGCCUUCCUGAGGAUGAAGAAAGUGAGACUUUCCCCCAGCUGUUUGUUUGUGCAUCAGAACAUGGGGGAGAUCACGGCUAAAGAGCAGAAUAAGGAAGGACGCAGGAGGCUCCAGCGGAGACUGGAUGAAAUGGUGGCGGCGGCCGCAGAGCAAGAACAGAUCUCUGACAUCACCCGGUUCAGUGACGUGAUCCGGUUUGACGUGAACACCCACGUCCAUUACUUUGCUCACCAGUGGGAAGGGAAUCCCCCCAUGGCCCCUCCCAAUCCCAGUUACAGCCACAACGUUCAGGACCUGAAGAGUCGGAUUCUUACGGUAGCCAAAGAAGAAUCUCAAGGCUCCAUCUUGAGGGUGUCGGAAUUAAAAGUCCGCAUCCAGGAUUUGUGGAGAGCGGUGAUUAAUGAGACCUUCGGUUUUAGUUUCAGAAACACCAGGGAGAUAGUGGCAAUGAACAAACUGGAGACGGUGUAUAGCGGCUGGACCUGGCAACUGAGAAGUCACGCGCUGGGUUUGCAGAACCAACUGAACAACCAGAUUCAGAAUGGAGACCUCCAAGACAUCCCCGGAGGACAUUUUGAGGCUCCGGUCUUGGAAAAAUACACGACCCUCCAGCAAGAACUCGAGAGGCAUUUCAGUACGAGUCAAGACGGGGAAAUACUGAUUCGGUGGAAAGCCGGUUUUGAAGAUAAACUAAAAGCCCUUAAAGAAACCCUCGUUUCCGAAAUUAGAAGACAGAUGAAAGAUUUAACAGAUUUGAAGAAGAGACAGCAUCUACUGAACCAGAAAAAAUCAGGGUACGAGAACAAGUUGCUGGUGGAGAGUAGAGAGCUGGCUCUGUCACUAAGAGGAAAGAAAUUCAGCGAGAAAGAGCUAAGAGAGAAGUUUAAUCAACUCUGGUCCAAGUGGGUUGUCCGAGUGUCCUCGGUUCUCCAGCCAACUAACGAGCCUAAUAUCCCUGUGGAUUUGGAAAGAAUCCUCCUGGCACAUUUUCCACAGGAACCCAACAGCACCAACCGAAUCAGGGAUCAUUCUCGAAGAAAAAUGAGUAUUGACUAUUCCAAACACAUCCAGAAGAAAAUAGGUCUCGUAUCCACAUUGGAGGAGAGUGAUAAAAUGAACAUCGAACAAGCGACGCGUCACAUCAUGGGUCUGGUCAAGAGAACGAUUGACACCCAGGAGAGGCAGAGAGAAGGAUACAAUUCUAAUUAUUUCCAUGAAAUUCUGAGAGUCAUAGAUACCGAGACAGAAUCAGCAGCUAAUGGUGCAAGAUACGCAUUUACAAACCAGUACAAACUGGACCUGGCUCUGUGCUUAUUCCAAGAAGCGUCAGAGAGGUUCCAGGAUAUGCACGCAGCAUUCAAAAGAGCAAAUGAUCCCGUCACCUACUUAGAAAGUAAGAGAGAAGAGUUAUUCAUCAGCUUUAAAAUUGCCUGCCAAGGAGCAGCGGCUUCCACCACAGAGUUUGUUGAUUUUUUGUGGGACAAGGUAUCUUCUGCUCUGCUCACUGCUGUGUGGGACAAGACAGCCAUCGAUCUCGCCAGUGACAUGAAGGCGAACUUCCCAGCCUUUCAGGGCAACAGAUCUGACCUGGAGAGACACAUUCUGAUUUCCCUCGCGGAAGAAGAAAACUUUGAGAACUACUGGCAGUACAUCGAUUCUCCCAGGGAGUUUUUCAGGAGUUACGUCGAAAAACAGAUAGAAGCUUAUUGCUCCACCCAAAACUGGGAAAAACUGAACAGCGCCCUGUUGCUCAAUAUAGAGAUUUUCAAGGAACUUGUUCUUGCAGCCAUUCGCAAUUCGACCGACGCUGCUCAAACCAAGAACGGCUCAGUGUCCCUGUGGUUGGACGAAUUUUGUAAACACCUGGGGAAUCGCUUACCUCUUCCCCGAGGAGAACUGAAGAUUGUUGAACACCAGGAGGCCCUGGACGUGGAGCUGGUCAGAGGGGCCAUGAGCGAGGCCUUGGCUGCAGCCGGGCAGAGACUGGUCCAGACCUGUAGCCAGCUGGCUCCGGGCAAGGUGGGACCCAAAAUUCAGGCCAUGCUUUCUGCCCAGUUCUGCGGCUGCUGGGAGCAAUGUCCCUUCUGCAAAGCGGUCUGCACCAACACGCUUCCCGAUCACGACGGAGACCACAGCGUCCUCUUCCAUCGCCCUGAGGCCAUGAGCGCUUACAAGUGGGAUAAAACAGAGAACUUUUCAGUGGACUUCUGCACCAGUUUGGUAGCAAGUGACUGCACCAUAGUGCUGUCUAGUGGCAAAAGAAUCCCAUGGAAGUUGUAUCGCCAGGCCGGAGGGGAGCACGCCACGUGGAGCAUCACCCCAGACGCAUCCGCCCGGCCCUACUGGAAGUGGUUCCUGUGCCGCUUCCGGGCCCAGCUGGAAGAGACCUGCAGGAAGAAAUUCAAGGGCCGAGGCCAGAUCCCUGAUGCCUGGACCGCUAUUACCAAGGAAGCCGUCCUCGCUGACCUAAAAAAGACCUGACGGCCGAUAGCCCCAACAGAUGUUGGUCUGCAUCAUUCCAGACUGAUGUUGGAUACUGUGAAUGUCUGAAAAUUACCUCCGGUAUG